AAACUCCCCAUCUAAUAGGGUAGCGGGCACUUAACUAGCUGGACAUGGCAGUCUCACAUAAAUAAUACCCCGAGACAAGAUGUACGGCAUUGUCCUCCUGAUGGUACUUGUCCUUCUAACCCAUUGAUGUACUGCGUAGGCCGUUCUGCGCGUAGGGGGCUGGCGAAGAAUUAGGCGCAGAGUCUAUCUUGGGUCAUCACUAUCAUCUGCUGUUCCCGUUUACGCCACAUAAAAGGGAUCGCAUUACCUAUUAUACCAGAUACGAAAACGAUGGCUACACCAACUGAAACCGUUGGUAUCAUAGCCGCGACCUCACUUGGUCCGUUGACCACGACGUUCUCGCCGCCCUCGUCGUGCCUCCCACCUAGCCCGUAUUCGGACAUAGCAUACGGCAUAGAAAUCUACAAAGUAGGCACUGUAAGCGCAGACGAUGGCUGUCUGCCUUCAAACUGGGUGGUCAACGGUUAUUACUCGCCGGGGGUAUGCCCACAAAGUUACACGGCGGUUUGCGAGUUGUCAGGUAACAAUGUCGCAACAACAGUCUGCUGUCCAUAUUACGAUCUCUACUUCUUUCAAUGCUGGCCGUUGGUGAAAUAUGGCAGCUACGGAUGUGGAUUCUACACCACCUUUGAAGGGACUCGCUUGACGACUAUCUUCGCACCCAGCAUCCAAAUAAUAAAUGCGGCGAGUGACGCAGAUGGUCUUACCGGAUCCCCUUCUUCUCAAGAGUCAACAACUACAGCAUCGGUAACAUCCAGUGGAGUGAUACCGACCGACUCAACGAACACGAUCAACUCGAACCUAGUCGCCUCGAAUACAGCCGAUCCCGGUAUUUCUGCCGUAGACACCUCUACACAAAACGAUUCGGACUCGUCAAACUCAGAUGUUCGGGUAUUAGGAAACGGAGCUGUUGCGGGGAUUGUAGUGGGAGUUAUAGGCGCCGUGAUACUUGGAGCUGCGGGUACAUUUUUCUACAUGCGUCGAAGGUUGGCGAGCAGCCCGCCGCCUUCAUCCCCGUCACCACCUCCUCUUCCGCCUCGAAAUCCCGAAUUAGCUAUACACGAGCUCCAUGAUAAGUCCAGACCGCCAGAGAUGCCAGAGUCAAACACGCUUUACGAGCUCCAUCAACCGCAUAGUCAAUCGGAGAUGCCUACGUGGAGCGAAGAUAACCCCCAGGGACCCAACAAACCAAUGGCAUGGGAACUGCCCGCAUAAUGUUACACCGUUCAAUUUUGGCAUGAAGAAGUAAAAAUCCACUGCGCGGAGUAGUGGCGUUUCGUCGUCGUGGGGGGUUCCGGUCUAUUGAAUUCAGAGCGAGGCGUAUAUUUCAGGGCCGGCAUAUGCAUAUAAUACCAUCAUUUAAAUAUAACUCUUGGAAGCCUUAUAGGGCAGAUCUAUACAUUUGAGCUUGGCUGGCUCGACCACAGGAAGCACUUACUAAACCAUUCUCAGUGUACAUAUCGAACGACUAAUGGGUGUGUCGAGAUAGUUGCAUUGGAAUAAUUAGCCGAAUGAGCUGAAGACAGCAUCAAGUUUAGUGUGACUUAAGGAGAAAUUCACGAG